UGUUGUGAGCUGUGAUUUGUAAUGAAUAAUUCUCUGUGAUAAAAAACCUCAACUGUUUUUUAGCUCAAAUUUAAAAGAGUAAACACAAGGAUUCCGGGCUGAUAACAUGUCUAACAAAUUCUCAUUAGCUGAGCUGAAAAACGAGGAAAUAGAAAAUGUGAGGGUUGUCAUAAGAGUUCGACCAUUGAGUUUUAAAGAGCAAGAAUGUGGAUAUGCUAAUAUCACAACUGUCAACAGUUACAGUGGUCAAAUUUUUGUAAGAAACCCACAGGCUGGUCCAAGUGACACACCCAGGACAUUCGUAUUCGAUACAGUCUUCGAUAUUGAUUCAAAGCAGCUAGAUGUGUACAACGUGACAGCGCGCCCUAUUGUGGAGAAAGUGCUUGCUGGCUAUAAUGGAACCAUAUUCGCCUACGGACAGACGGGCACCGGAAAGACGUACACCAUGGAGGGUAACAGGAGUGAGCCUGAGGAGAAGGGCAUCAUACCCAACUCGUUCGCCCACAUUUUCGGCCAUAUCGCUAAAUCUAACGAAGGCACCAGAUUUCUAGUUAGAGUAUCUUAUUUUGAAAUUUACAAUGAGGAAAUCAGAGAUCUGCUGUCAAAAAAUCCGACGGCACGAUUGGACGUUAAAGAGAGACCGGAUGUGGGUGUUUAUAUAAAAGACCUGUCAACUUUCGUAGUGAACAAUGCUGAUGAUAUGGACCGCAUCAUGACACUUGGCAAUAAAAAUCGCGUUGUUGGUGCCACGGCCAUGAACACCCAUAGCUCAAGAUCUCAUGCUAUAUUCAAUAUAACUAUUGAAACUAUUCAAAAAGAUACAGAUGGGAAGGAACAUGUCAAGAUGGGACGACUGCAUCUUGUUGAUCUAGCUGGCUGUGAAAGGCAGAGUAAAACUGAGGCCACCGGACAGAGGCUGAAAGAAGGCACCAAAAUCAAUUUGUCGCUGUCCACUCUUGGCAAUGUCAUCUCAGCCUUGGUCGAUGGUAAAUGCACGCAUAUACCUUACAGGAACUCUAAGUUGACGCGAAUUCUACAAGAUUCGCUUGGUGGAAAUUCAAAAACAGUUAUGUGUGCAACAGUGGGCCCAGCUGCCUAUAACUACGACGAGACAAUCAGCACGUUGCGCUAUGCCAGUAGAGCCAAGAAAAUAUGCAAUAAGGCGCGCAUCAACGAAGAUCCAAAAGAUGCGUUGCUUCGUCAGUUUCAAGCUGAAAUUGAACAUUUACGUAAGCAGCUCGAAGAAGGUGUAUUUGAUGCUGAAUUGGACGAUGAUGUAAAUAUUGAGGAGAAACUUAAAUUGAAGAACGCUCUACAGAUUAACCAAGCUGAAGAUGUCAGUGAAAAAGAAGAGGAAGAAUUGGCUUUGGCUAUGACCGAGCAUAAACAACUGCAAGAAAAGUUGGAAAGUUUGGAGAAGAAAAUACUGGUCGGUGGGGAAAAUCUCUUGGACAAAGCUGAAGAACAAGAGAAACUUUUGGAAGAAUCAGCCAAAGAAUUGGAAAAACGCAAAACUGAAGAGGAAAUGUUGAAACAGAGACUGGAACAGAAAUCGGCAGAGCAUAUCGACAUCGAGGAGAAGUAUUCGAGUCUGCAGGAGGAAGCGGUGGGCAUUUCGCGGAAGCUGAAGCGGCUGCAGGGUUUGAUCCGGGACGCUCAGGUUGAGCAGAAGGACGUCUGCGCCGAGAACCAGAGAGAGAUGGAAGGUCUGCUGGACAACGUGCGACAGCUCAACAAGGAGUUGGGUCUGCAGGAGGCCCUCCUCAAAAUGUACAUUCCCGAAAAGUAUAAGGAACUUAUCCAGAGACAUUCACAUUGGAAUGAGGACAUUGGAGAGUGGCAACUGAAGUGUGUGGCCUACACUGGAAACAACAUGCGCAAGUCAGCCAAUGAGAGAACUUCGGCUCAGAGUCAAGAGGUUUUCCAGCCAGAUCUAUCCUCUGUGUAUCUAACUUACGACGACUACGCAACUAGUCAUUCCAAAAAUAAGAUGCGAGCAAAAUCUAGCAAUUCCAAUCGAUCUGUUAAUGCGAUUCUUCAGUAGUUCUGCUCUGCACUUCGAGAUAUUCAACAAAUAUGCAAUAUUCUAGUCAACAAAAAUGCAUGAAUGAUCAUUCUUAUCUGAUGUACAUAGAUAAUAUCUAUUUUGUGCCUUAGAAUUAUGACGAAUUCGAAAACACUGAAUUACAGUAGAAUUUGCAUAAUUCUUAGGGUGGAAAAAUAAAAGUGGUUCCAGACAGAAUGAUCAACAACUCUCAUAUGGAAAUAAAGAAUCAAAUUUAGUUAGGUUGUACCUACAAUCUAUUCAGUAUUACGUUUUGUAAUACUGUAUCGUUAGUGUUUUGUAGGAUUAGCACACGAUUAACUUGAAUAAUGAUAUCAAAAGAAUUGAAGGCUUU